UGGUUGUAAUUAAUUAUUAUUUUGAAAAAAUAACACAUCAUUUUUAUAAAUAAAUAAAAAGAUGGCUGAUAAAUCAGAAGAUGUUGUUGACAGUGACAAGAUGAGUAAUAAGUCUAAGGAGGCAUUUAACAAAAUUAUAGCGAAUUUAACAAAAAGCUCUGAUACAAAGCAACUGCUUAUUGGAGUUGGAUCAGGAUGGGUUACUGGUAUUCUAACUUUAAAAGGGGCCAGAACAGCAGCGUUUGCAGUGGGUGGAGGAAUAAUCAUCAUGCAGGUAGCCCAGAACCAAGGGUUGGUCAAAAUUGAUUGGGGCAAAAUUAAGGCUAAAGCUGAUAAGGUCAAAGAGGAGAAAGGCAUCAACCGGGUGACUCCAAAUAUUUUAGCCAAAGUGAAAAAGUUUGCGCGGUGCAACUCCGUGUUUGCUGCAGGUUUCAUUGGUGGAUUCCUGAUAGGCGUGGCUUCGUAAACGCAAACAACCUCCUCCCC